AUGUCUCUGUCAACAGAAGUUAUACAACCUAUGAGAUUAUGUAGUUCAUUUACAUCAAAGACACGUGUUAUCCGAAGUAAGCAAGUCCUUCAAUCGGUUUCAAAGAGAAUAAUUCCAGAUGACAAUGAUGUUGAAGGAAAUGAUAUGCACGUCGACAGCAAUUUAAAUUCCAAUGCGCGAGCAGAAACAAUUGGUCCAGAAGGUUAUUCAGAUUUGGGAGAUCCCACCUGUGUUUGCGAGUUCUGUGGAGCACAAAUGUGGUUUGGUGAACGAGUAAACAAGCGAAAUAAGAGUGGAAGACCAAAGUUUGGGAUGUGUUGCAUGCAAGGAAAAGUGCAAUUACCUUUACUUAAGCGUCCACCCCAACUUUUGGAAGAUCUAUUGAAGAAGAGACAUAGUAGAAGUGCGCACUUCCUUGAUAAUAUUAGGGGGUAUAACAUGAUGUAUUCUUUCACUUCUAUGGGAGGUAGAAUAAUUGCACCAACUACUCAUGGGCGUGGUCCAUAUACAUACAAGAUUGGAGGUCAAAAUCAUCACCUGAUAGGCAGUUUGUUGCCGAACGAUGGAGCACGUCCUAAAUUCUCUCAACUAUACAUAUAUGAUACUGAAGAAGAGGUUCAGAAUAGGAUGAGUGCGGCAAGUUCUAAAGACCCAAAUAAAUUUGAAGAUCGUGUCGUUGCACAAUUGAAGGAUAUGAUUGAUCAGCAUAACCCAUUGGCCAAGAGUUUUAGAAUGGCUAGAGAUCGUUUCGAAUCAAACAACGGCGAAGACUUAAAACUUAGGCUAAUUGGAAGAAGGGAUUCUGAUGGAAGGACUUAUAACCUUCCAACAACAUCCGAAGUGGCCGCGCUUAUAGUUGGAGACAUUGAUACAGCAGAUAAGAGGGAUGUAGUAGUCCAAAGGAAAAAUGGAAGAUUAAGGCAGAUAUCUGAGCUUCACCCAUCGUAUUUACCGUUACAAUAUCCACUGAUUUUCCCAUAUGGGGAAGAUGGAUAUCGAGUAGAUGUUAUGCAUAGGGACAAGACCGCAUCAAGUAGUUCUACGAAUAAAAGAGAACGACUUACUAUGCGUGAGUGGUUUGCAUACAGGAUGCAAGAUCGUGAACAUGAAGCUGAUACUUUGUUAUUAUGUCGUCGGUUGUAUCAACAAUUUUUGGUUGACGGCUACACUAUGAUUGAGGCAGAGAGGCUCUCCUUUCUAAAGAAUAACCAACAAAGUUUAAGAUCAGAUAAUGUGAAGAAUUUAAGAGGGGCUGUGGAAAGAGGUGAUACAGAGGGAUCUUCCAAUGGCAAUCGCAUUGUUAUACCAGCGUCAUUCACAGGUGGACAUAGCUACAUGAGAGAGAACUAUCAGGAUGCAAUGGCAAUUUGUAGAUGGUAUGGUUAUCCAGAUCUGUUUAUAACCUUUACGUGUAAUGCUAAAUGGCCAGAAAUAAGCAGAUUCGUUCAAAAAAGGGGACUCAGACCCGAGGACAGACCGGAUAUCAUCUGUCGAGUCUUUAAAAUGAAGCUCGACCAAUUGGUUAAAGACUUAAAGGAGAAUGAGAUAUUUGGCCGAGUUAAAGCUGUUGUUUAUACAGUUGAGUUUCAAAAGCGUGGCCUUCCGCAUGCUCAUAUACUUCUUUUCCUGCACCCCGCUGACAAAUAUCCACAGGCAAGCGAUAUUGACAAGAUUAUAUGCGCUGAGUUACCAGAUCCAAUUGAGGAUCCAGAUUUAUAUGAGACUGUUACGGAAAUGAUGUUGCAUGGUCCAUGUGGUCCCUCCAACACUAAUGCACCUUGCAUGGAUCAAAAAAAGUGCACAAAGCAUUUUCCUAAAAGAUUCAUUGACGAAACAAAGGUUGAUGAGGAAGGAUAUCCAGUUUAUAGAAGAAGAGAUAACGGAAUCUCGGUUGAGAAAAACGGAGUGCAUCUUGAUAAUAGGUUUGUUGUUCCUUAUAAUCCACAACUGCUUCGUAAGUAUCGUGCCCAUAUAAACGUUGAAUGGUGCAAUCAAUCCAGAUCGAUAAAGUAUUUGUUCAAGUACAUAAAUAAGGGUUACGAUAGAGUGACGGCUGCUGCUUAUCAAAACAGAAAUAGCAGCGAUGAUCCACAAAAGAUUGAUGAGAUUAAAAUGUAUUACGACUGUCGUUACAUAUCUGCUUGUGAGGCAGUGUGGAGGAUAUAUGGAUUUCCUAUUCACCAUCGAACCCCUGCUGUUGAGAGAUUGAGUUUCCAUCUACCUGGGGAGCAAAUGGUUGUCUACACUGACCAUAUGGACGUGGAAGAUGUACUUGAUAGACCUAAUGUUAAUAAGACAAAGUUUUUAUCGUGGAUGGAAUGCAACCAAAAGUAUGAAGAAGCAAGACAGUUGACGGUAUACCAUGUCACUCCAGGUUCUGGUGAGAAAUACUAUCUAAGAACGCUCCUUAAUUUUGUGAAAGGUCCGACGUGCUACGAGGAUAUAAGAACUGUUGAUGGUUCAGUGUAUCCAACCUUCAAAGAAGCUUGCUAUGCAAGGGGGCUGCUUGAUGACGACAAGGAAUACAUAGACGCCAUAACAGAGGCAAGCUUUAGAGAAACGGGGCAUUAUCUAAGGAAUCUGUUUUGCAUGUUACUUAUGUCUGGUAGCUUAUCUAAACCAGAAGACAUAUGGGAAAAAACAUGGCACCUACUAUCUGAUGACAUUCUAUAUAAACAACGUCGUAUUCAUAAAAACAAAGAUUUAACUCUAACUGAUGAACAAAUUCAAGCGUUUGCACUGGCAGAUAUUGAAGCUAAACUUCAAAGUAAUGGUAGUAGUCUUCGAAAAUUCAGUGAGAUGCCAUUUCCAGAUGAAUUAGUCGUGUUUGAAGGUCAAAAUAAGCUAAUAGCGGAUGAGCUUUCAUAUGACAUACCCUCCUUAAUUCAAGAAUAUGACAAACUAUUUCCCUGUCUAACCGAAGAACAACUAAUGGUUUUCAACGAAAUAAUGCACUCUGUUAAUGGCCAAUCAGGAGGUGUGUUUUUUGUAUACGGAUAUGGAGGGACGGGUAAGACAUACAUUUGGAGGACAUUGUGUGCUGCAAUUAGGAAGAUGGGUGAAAUUGUUUUGCCAGUAGCAUCAAGUGGAAUUGCGUCCCUACUUCUUCCAAAAGGUCGGACCGCCCAUUCAAGGUUCGGUCUUCCACUCAAUGUUUGUGAAAACUCUACGUGUGUAGCUAUUAGGCCUGGUUCUGACUUAGCUGCAUUGCUCAUGAGAACAAAGCUAAUUAUCUGGGAUGAAGCACCAAUGAUGCACAAAUAUUGCUUUGAAGCACUUGAUAGGAGUUUAAAGACAUUAUGCAAGCUGUUGAUCGAGAUAAUUUGCAUCGACCAUUUGGAGGUUUUGAAGCUGACACGCAAUAUGAGACUUCAAUCAUGUUCUUCUUCGUCUACCGCUAAUGAAAUAAGGGACUUCUCAGAAUGGAUACUAAGCGUUGGCGAUGGCAGAGCUGGAGGGCCCAAUGAUGGAGAAGUCGAUAUUGAAAUCACUGAGGAUAUUCUUAUAGACGGUGGAGAUGACCCCAUAUCAGCGAUUGUCGACAGCACAUACCCUUCACUCACUGAUCACCUUUGGGAAGCCAAAUACUUCCAAGAAAGAGCAAUUUUAGCUCCAACUAAUGAAAUAGUUGAGAAGGUUAAUGAUCAUGUGUUGUCCACAAUUCCAGGUGAUGAGAAAAUUUACUUGAGUUGUGAUGCAAUUAGUAAAGAUGAAGGGAACUUAGGGGCUCAUGAUAUAUAUUCUACUGAAUUCUUAAACACAAUAAAGUGCUCAGGCCUGCCAAAUCAUAGUAUUAAGUUAAAAGUUGGUGCUCCUAUCAUGUUGCUUCGUAAUAUUGAUCAGACAUCUGGAUUGUGUAAUGGCACGAGGCUGUAUUUGUUGUCUGCUAUUGGUUUCAUUGAGAAUUCUGUUUUAUUAAGCAAAUCACUUCCCGUGCAUUUUUGCACGGGUCCCAAAACUAGUAUUAUGUAUAUUAGUCAAGUGUAUACUGGCUUUCCUUGA